CUGCAGAUUAUCAGAGCUGUUUCCAGUUAAUGGCUGAAAUGACAGAUUCCCUGGUUGGUUCAUACGGCAGCCUCAAACCCAGAGUGCUGAUCUUGACAGUGGAAAAAUUCUACCCUCCCUCAAACUUCAAAAACAGGGUUGGAGCUUCAAGGGAUACCAAGAAACUUCACAAGGUGCUGUCCAACCUGGGCUUUGAGGUGGAAUUUAAGAUUGAUUACACAGCAAAGGAGAUCCUACAGGAGUACAGCAAAGAAAGCGGUCGGACUCAUGGCUCCUGCUUCAUCUCAAUAAUCUCCAGCCAUGGUGAGGAAGGAGUAAUUUAUGGAUCGGACGGUCACCCUGUGAAGCUUAGAGAUAUCUAUUCCAUGUUCACACCACAGAGCUGUCCAUCACUCGCUGGGAAACUAAAGGUGUUCUUCAUUCAGGCCUGCAGAGGUUCUGAGGUGGAUGAUGGUGUGUAUCUGGAAACUGAUGGGGCGACUGAAACAGACAGCGGCUGCUCUGCACAGAAUUCCUUCUCACAUUAUGAGGCAGUGCCUGAAGACACUGCUGUCCAUUUCUCCACUAGUUCUGAUCAUGGUGCCUUCUUAAGCCCAGGUGGUUCAGUGUUCCUCCAGAGUUUGUGUCAGCUGCUGCUCGGGGAUCAGAGACACUGGGAGCUACUGCGCAUCAUGACUCGGGUUAACUGGCUGGUCGCCUGGAACUUUGAGUCCAGAGGACAGAAUACUGGGGGCAAGAAGCAGAUGCCUUGCUUCAUCAGCAAGUUGCAACGAGAGGUCUUUCCAUUCUCUGCUAGAUCAACCUCAACUCUCCCCACACACCGAUAAUUCCCAAGCCCAAGCACAUCUCUACCUACUGAGUCUUGAUUGCUCCAAUGUUUCAAUCAACAAUUUAUAUAGCACCUUGACAGUAGUCAAACAUCCCCAAGCAUUUCACAGGAAUGUGAAAUCAUCUUAUCAAACCAAAUCUGACACCAAGCCACAUAUAUGGAGAUAUUAGAGCAGAGAAUGAAAAACCUUGGUUAAAAAGCUAGCUAUGGGUUAGUACCCCUUGACAGUGUGGCACUUCCUCAGUACUACAUUGGUAGUGUUGUCUGGAUUUUCUGUUCAAGUCUCUGGAGUGAAGCUUGAAGCUACAACCUUCUGGCUCUGAUGAAAGUGUGUUAGCAAUGGCCAGUAGCCGGAAGAAGGGUGUCUGGGUGAAACCCUCACUGGGCUCCAGUGAGCUGAACUCGUGAGAUAUCUGUCACUGCAGAGCAUCAAGUGAUUGGUUUCUAAGAUGUGUAGUCUCACCUUCACUGUCAGAGUUUAUCCAAAGAUAUUGCAACUUGCUGCUGUUUCGCUUGCAAGAACACAGUCCAGACAGUGGGAAAAGGUAACUGUAAUCCUGUUUUUUGUUUAUGGGCUUGCUGCUCAAGUGUGGAAUGAGGUUUUUCUGUAACUCAGUGCCUGAGGGAUCCAGCUCAGAGGCUGUCUUAAUUCAGGCACCUUUGUAAUUGAUGGAUAAGUGCCCUAAUUCUCUCGUCCGUCUGUAUGUAUGCUUUCGUCCUGUCCUCAUAGCAGUAGUUCUGCUUCUGCAUAAUGUUUAGUUGAAAAUAAAACUUGUUUUUUGACCUGUCA